GUACCGGUUCCUGUCAGACUGUAUCAUGUGACAGGCUGCGGCGGGGGGAUCAGGUGGAUGUUGGCACUGCAGUGACGCGGGGAGAGGAUGCGGGAGGAGCAGCUGGAGGCGCCGGUGAGAGAAUACGGGGGGACGUUAGUGGGGGGCCCGGGCCCCUAUAGACUGGGGGUGAUGCUGCACAAGUGAGUGUGAGUUGUGUCCCAGUACAAGGGGCUAUGGCUGCGGAGGAGCUGCUGCAGACUGUGCAGGAUUAUAAAUCCGAGAUCCAGAGACUGAGUAAGGAAUUAGCGGAGACCUCACAGGAGAAGAUCCAGGCGGCACAUUACGGGCUGGUGGUGCUGGAGGAGAAACUCGCGCUGAAGCAGCAGAAUGAUGAGCUGGAGGCCGACUGCGACUCUCUGCGACACGAACUGGAGCAACUGAAAGAGGCCUUCGGACAGUCCUUCACCGUCCACCGCAAGGUUGCAGAAGAUGGAGAGACCCGAGAAGAGACCCUGCUGCAGGAGUCUGCAUCUAAGGAGGAGUAUUACCUUGGGAGGAUCCUGGAGAUGCAGAACGAGGUCAAACAGAGCAGAGCUGCCACCACUAACGUCCAAGGGGAGAAUCAGCAUCUCAGCUCUGUGGUCCAGGACUUAAAAGAGACAAAUGAGAUCUUGGAGCUGCAGCGGCUGCGGAUGAAAGAGGAGAUCAGAGAAUACAAAUUCCGGGAAUCGAGACUCCUGCAGGAUUACACGGAACUGGAAGAAGAGAACAUCACUCUGCAGAAGCUGGUGUCUACUCUGAAACAGAACCAGGUAGAAUACGAAGGCUUGAAACAUGAGAUUAAGCGGUUCGAGGAGGAGACGGUGCUGCUCAACAGCCAACUGGAGGACGCUAUCCGGUUAAAGGAGAUUUCAGAGCAUCAGCUGGAAGAGGCCUUAGAAACCCUAAAGAAUGAGCGAGAGCAAAAGAACAUCUUGCGGAAGGAGCUGGCCCAGUACAUCAACAUCAACGACAGCAUGUACAACAACCACCUGAACCUUACGGUGGAUGGACUCAAGUUCUCCGAGGAUGGAGAGCCCAACAAUGAGGAGAAAAUGAAUGGUCACAUUCAUACGCCCCUUGUAAAAUUAAAUGGGGAUUAUCGGACUCAGGCAAUGAGGAAGGGAGAAUCGUUGCACCCUGUUUCGGACCUUUUCAGCGAGCUGAAUAUUUCUGAAAUGCAGAAGCUAAAGCAGCAGCUCAUUCAGGUGGAACGGGAAAAAGCCCUUUUGCUAACAAACCUACAAGAAUCACAAACUCAGCUGGAGCAUACAAAGGGAGCCUUAACAGAACAGCACGAGCAGGUUCAUAGCCUUACCGAGCAUGUCAAUGCCAUGAGAAAGCUUCACAGCAUAGAGCUGGACUCUGAGAAGCCUAAAGUCUCUGGCGAGGAGAACAACGAUUACGAGGUGGAUAUCAAUGGGUUGGAGAUCUUAGAAUGCAAGUACAAAGUGGCAGUAACGGAGGUGAUUGACCUCAAAGCUGAAAUCAAAGCCUUAAAAGAGAAAUAUAAUAAACAUAUAGAAACCUACACAGAGGAACGGUCGAAGUUGGACUCAAGGAUCCAGAUGUAUGAUGAGCAGGUAGGGGGCCUGGAACAAGCCAGUAAGGAGAGCAGUGAGAAGGUCAUAUUGAUGGAGAAAGAACUUCACAUAAUGACUGCAAUUGCAAACGAGACCCGUAACAUGCUUAAUACUGCUCAGGAUGAGCUGGUGACCUUUAGUGAAGAGUUGGCUCAACUCUAUCAUCAUGUAUGUCUGUGUAACAAUGAAACGCCAAAUAGAGUUAUGCUGGACUACUAUAGACAAACUAAAGUCACCCGUAGUGGAAGUUUGAAAGGUCCUGAUGAUCCCAGGGGUCUUCUGUCACCAAGGUUGGUCAGGAGGGGCAUAGCAUCUCCUGUGGAAUUAAGAAGUCCAUGUGAACCUGGUCCUAAAGAAACCAUGGAAUCUAGCAAAGUUCAAAGCCCACUAAACUCUAAUAAAGUGUCUCCUAUUAUCACAGCCCCACCUUCCUCCCCAGUGUCAGACGCUAGUGACAUUCGCAAAGAGCCAAUGAACAUCUAUAACCUUAAUGCUAUUAUCAGGGAUCAAAUUAAACACCUACAAAAGGCAGUGGACAAGUCUUUGCAGCUGUCACGCCAACGUGCGGCGGCUCGGGAGCUUGUAGCCAUGAUCGAUAAAGACAAGGAGGCCUUAAUGGAGGAGAUUCUCAAGCUAAAGUCUUUGCUGAGCACCAAGAGAGAACAGAUAGCCACCCUCCGAGCCAUACUGAAGGCCAACAAGCAGACUGCAGAAGUUGCACUCGCGAACCUCAAGAACAAGUACGAGAAUGAAAAAACCAUGGUGACCGAAACGAUGACCAAACUGAGGAACGAACUUAAGGCACUUAAAGAAGAUGCGGCCACAUUCUCAUCAUUACGAGCUAUGUUUGCUACCAGGUGUGACGAAUAUGUGACCCAGCUGGAUGAGAUGCAGAGACAGUUGGCUGCUGCCGAAGAUGAGAAGAAGACAUUGAACUCUUUGUUACGGAUGGCCAUCCAGCAGAAGCUGGCGCUAACACAGAGGCUGGAAGAUCUAGAGUUUGACCAUGAACAGUCUUGGCGCACCAAAGGCAAGCUGGGGAAAACCAAGAUCGGCAGCCCCAAACAGUUCCCAGAUGCAAGGAAACCACUUCAGUCGUAUUGCACCAGGUUGCCGUUUCAAGUUGAUCAGGACAGGACUUCUCUCAGGUCUUCUGCUUCACCGUCAUCAUCAACAACAACAUCCCCCAAGUCCAGUCCAGAGAAAUCAUCUUCGCUCUACUUCCACCAGUUUCCAAUGUCAAGAAGCCUUCGUUCACAAUUCAACAGCAUGUCUCCAUUUCAGACGUCAAGCCAAAGUUUUUUAUACAGUUCAGAAUCACCUCGUUCCAGGCAACAAAGCAACCUAUUGAAUUAUGCAACGUCAUUAUCAUCACCAACCAGCUCCAGAGACGCACACUCUCUAACUGCCUCAGCCCUCUGUUCCAGGCAAAAAGCUGCCUGUAUCCUGGAUCUGUUCUCCAGAACGUAAAUGAGCUCAGGAAGAAUGCGGACCAACCAUGGGGGGGAUGCUUGAGUUCCACUCAAUGGAAACUCUUGGACCUUUAGUAGACGUUUUAAAUUGUCCAACACUGGUCGCCUACAUGUGCCACUAUCUAAAUUCCUGUACAGCAGCUUGUUUAAUUUAUUCUUCACAAAAUUUACAAAAAAGGUGCAAUUUUUUUGUUGGCCUCACAUCAACUUCAAGUAACGGAGAAAAUAUAAAUAUUUUUCAAUCCGCCAUCUGGAAACGUGAAGCCAAUUACGUUGAUAUCAAUGGAAAACUGGACACAUCCUGCUGAUUAUAUUGACCAGUAACGGGUUUGGGGAUAACCGUCACGUGGCUGGAACGGAUUUAAUAUGGCGCCUCACCAUGGAGCUAGGGUUUAGUAUUAAGCAAUUCCAUUGGAUCACAGCAGAUGUGACUGUUUUGUUUAUCCAAUUGUCUUCUAGAAUGUAGCACAAGUCAUGAUGUAAAUACAUAAAUCAGAAUAUUGAGAAUGGACUGACUGAUGGUAUUCGGAGAGACUUUUAUGAAGCAUCAAUGUAACCAGAAGGUGCUCACUGAUUUUCCAAUGUGUUUAUUUAUUACUAUUUAUUUUUUUAUUUAUUUAUCUAUUGACGGAUUCUGUAAUAUUUCCAGCCUUAUUUGGGCUUCUCAUUUAUGCAAAUCUGUUUGAAGUGAAAGAUACCUAUAGGGCCAUGGUUUACUGUAGUGUCACAAUGUUACAAGGAGAACAUAUGGGAAUAACUAUUAGUACAGUCUAUCAGAUGGUGGGUGGAGUUAAGAUUGUUUGGGAUAUAAUAGGGUGUGGCCUAAACAUUGAGGGUGCUGCCUUAAAUUUACCAGUUUUAAUUAGGCAUGGCUGUGAGGCGUAGAAACUAGGAAAGCUUAGCUCAUAUUUGAAAGAAUUUAAUUUAGAGUAAAUGUAAAAUCAAUUUAAAUUUAAUUUAAACUUCAUUGAAAUGUCAUUUUAGUUUAAAUAUAAAUGUAAUUUGAAACUUAAAUUAGAAUUACAUUUAUUUUAAAAUUAAUGAAAAUGCCUGGGGUCAUAAAAACUCGAGGAAAGAUUUGAAAUAAUUGAAGUUAAACUUAAAAUGUAUAUGUUAUUUAAACUUAAUUUAAAUGUAAUUCUAGUUUAAAUGCUAGUGUAAUUUAAACUUAAAU